AUGGAGGAGCUGGUUCAAAGAGAAGAGGAAGACGAAGAUGACAUCGUAAAUGGAGUAAUUGUCGGUGAGGAAAGCGAGAAUGAAGAAGAAUAUGUUGCACAAGCAUUCGGUGACGUUGAAGAUGAAGACGUUGACGACCACCCCAUGUAUAAUCCACCACCCCACAUGCUUACCUUGGAUGCAAGCAUUGAUGAACGUACCGAAGUUCUGCGAUCAAUGAAUCCGAGACUUCCAGUAGAUCAAGGGAUUGAGGUGGGAAUGCAAUUUCAUACCAAAGCAGAUUGUGUGAGUGCAAUAAGAACGUACCAUAUUAAACAAUCUCGGGAUUAUAAGGUAAAACAGUCCGACAAAGAAAGGUAUGUCAUUCAAUGUAAGCAACCUGCAUGUAAAUUCAGUUUGAGAGCAUCUGAGAGAACAAAUGGUCGUUGGGUAAUUGGUGUUAUAAAAAAUGAGCACACAUGCAUAUCUUUGGGUUUGACACAAGAUCACCACAAACUUAAUUCUACUAUGAUAAGUGAAAGCAUUGCCUCACUCUUGCACAAAGACCUAUCAAUUAAAGUGAAAACUAUAAUUGCACACAUAAGGGAUAAGUUCAAUUACACUGUCACGUACCGAAAGGCAUGGAUAGCAAAAAAUAAGGCCAUCGAAAACAUGUUUGGGAGCUGGGUGGACUCAUAUCAUGCUCUUCCGCAGUGGUUGAUGACAAUGCAACAUUAUCUUCCAAAUGUCGUCACAAUAUUAGAGACCCUACCGGCAGACACUCCUGAUGAUGUGACCUUCCAUCGUCUGUUUUGGUCUUUUGAACCACUUAUUAAAGGUUUUGCAUAUUGUAAACCAAUUGUGCAGGUUGAUGGAACAUGGUUAUAUGGGAAGUAUAAAGGGACAUUGUUGCUAGCUGUUGCACAAGACGGAAAUGACCAUAUAUUUCCAGUCGCUUUUGCAAUUGUGGAAGGUGAAACAAAGGAAGCUUGGAACUUCUUUUUAAAAAAUUUGAGAACAUAUGUCACUCCACAACAACAUCUUUGUGUGAUUUCAGAUAGACAUCCAUCCAUUAAAAGUGCUUAUGAUAAUCCUGCAAAUGGUUGGAAUGAUCCUACCUGCAGACAUGUGUACUGCAUCAGACACAUUGCCCAAAACUUCAUGCGAAAGUUCAACAAUAAAAAGCUUCGCAAGUUGGUUGUUAACAUGGGAUUUGCAGUAAAUCAACCUUUGCACAGAUACUACCGCAGCAAAAUUGCUGCGCAGAACACUAAUGCAAUAGGGUGGCUUGAUAAUAUCCCCAUAGCGAAGUGGACGCAAGCAUUCGAUGAAGGUCGUCGGUGGGGUCAUAUGACAACCAACCUUGCUGAGUCGAUGAACAACGUGUUUAAGGGUAUUCGCAAUGAACCCAUCACAGCUUUGGUCCAAUCAACGUUCUAUAAGUGUGUCGUACUGUUUCAAAGAAGAGCCACUGAAUCAGCAGCUGUGUUGCAAUCUGGACAACAAUAUUCAGAAGCUUGUCAGAAACGGAUUAAAGAAGCAAUGCAUAAAGCAAACUCACAUCAAGUCAUUGCUUUUGAUCGACUCAAUCAAACUUUCAGGGUAAUGGAAACUGUCAAUCACAACGAGGGUCGACCAAUGGGUCGAUUUCUGCUCAAGUUGGGUGAAAGCUGCUGUGAUUGUGGAGAAUUUCAAGCUUUACAUUUGCCUUGUUCGCAUGUUAUCGCUGCAUGCUCCCAUGCUGCACAAGCUUAUCAAGUUCAUAUACAUGACGUGUACAAAGCUGCAAGUGUAUUUUGUGUAUACAAUAACACCUUCCCGGGAAUUCAAGACCAAUCAUAUUGGCCCCAAUAUUAUGGCCGUCGACUUUGCCCCGACCCAGCAAUGAAAAGAUGUAAGAGAGGUCGUCCGAAAAGUACGCGCAUUAGGACGGAAAUGGACGACGAGAUCGAAACUUUGAAUAAGUGUGCGUUAUGUAGGGUGCCGGGCCAUGAUCGUAGGAAUUGUCCAAAUUCCAAUUAA